AUGUAUCGUGCUGUAAAUCCUCUUUUAAAGCACAUCAUCCACAGGAGUUCUCUUGAUGCAGUUUCAAGGAAACAGUGUUUGCAAUACUUAAAAGCCCUAAGAAAUCUGCAAUUUAAUGGCUACGACACCAUCUAUUUAGGAGAAACAGAUCUUUCAGAAAGUCUAAUAACAGGUGAAAAGGGUUUUCAUGAGAAUACUCUCAAUUGGCCCAUAUGGACAGUGGUACAUGCUGGGCACAGCCAAGGAUGGGUGCCAUGGAAAUACAGAGUGUUUUUAAGGGAUGACUUAUCCUUAGGGCACCAAGAAGGUGUAUUUCAGGAACUCUGUGACUUUCUCGCCAUCAACUAUGGGAAGUGUGCCAUUGUUGUCAGAGAAAGAAGGCAGUCAAGAGGGAAGACUGAAGAGUCCAGCCAGCAGAUGGAGCUGAGUGACAAUCUAUCACCCCCUUUACCCCCUUUACCUGGUUUACUAAGCAUCAAAUGCUGCCCCGAGAUUGCUAAUGCAACAGGUCAUGAAGUUCUCUCUGUGCCUUUCCCUUUUAGCUAUCUUCACCCAAUGGAAGCUGCCUGGUCUUCAUUGAAAUGGUUUAUUAUCAAUAACAGAAAGGAGUUUUCUCUGACCUCCUUGGAGAGGAGCUACUCAUACCAGUGCAUCCUCUUCAGUGACUUGAUUGGAAAGGGAAUAGAGAAGAUGAGCCCAAACAAGUGGAAGGUGGCUAUUAACAAAGUGCGAAGAUGGGAAAACUACUACUUGGAUAAGUUUUCCUAA